GCGCAUUCUGUGGACUCACAAAAAUGGCGUCUGCUAAGUUUCUUGAGGAAGCUCUAAGUACAGACGUUGAUGAAUCAGUUGUGAGUGCCAUUGUAGGCUCUCUAGAAACUCAGUUAGUUACUUCAGCACCUCAUGUAUCAAGUCAAAGCGGUUCACCUAUAGUGAUAAAUCAUAAUCAUAUAAAUAGUGGUAUAUCAAACGGUGGAACGGUUGUCCGACAGAAACUCGGUACUAGUGCCAACGAUGAAUCUAUGGAUGUGGUUUCUACAGACACAAAUGAACAAGUGAUAAAUAAUGCAAUGCAAAUAAGUGGUACCCAUGUGCAAACUGUCGGAGGGGCAGUGACUACAAAUUAUAUUCAACAAAAUCCUAAUUCUAUAGAUGCCACUAAUAAGUGUAAUGAUGGUGUUAGGGUAGUUUAUAGUCAAGGAAACCAAACAAUAUCUAGUGCUGGUGCUAUUAUGACGAAUAGAGUAGCAGUUUCGGGGCAAUCUUUGCCAAAUGGAACUAUUGGGAUUUCCCCACACCAGGUUCUUCAAUCUUCCUCAAAUAUACAAACUCUACAAAAUAAACAACCUACUUUAGUGAUAAAGACAAGUGGAGCCCCUGUUGGCACCCCUGGCUUAGUGACUGUGCCUAUGAAUGUUACCUCUUCGGUUCCACAAGCAAAUAAUGUAGGUAACCCGAGCACUCAAUCUCCAAAUGUCUUAUCCAAUCUUCAAGUUGUUAAUGUUCGACCGAGUGUUUCUACUGCACAGAAAGGACAACCAGCUCGUGUGGUGCUCAGUACACCUCAAAUUGUAGGGUCUAGGCCCGGACCUGCACAAAUUACACUACAGUCAUUCCAUGGGUUGCAACCAGGUCAGCAAGGUCAUUUGCUAUUAAAGACUGAAAAUGGGCAGUAUCAAUUACUACGAGUAGGACCUGCUCCAGCAUCUGCUAAUAUUGCAGGUAGCUCAAACCCUGGUGGACAGCCUGUUACUUUUCGUAUGCAGACAGUUGCUCAGGCAACAACCACAGCAGCAGCUACUACUCCUAAUCAGCAGGCUCCAGGUACCAUUAGUGUAACCUCAACCGGGCAAAUUGCGGUUCAACAGAGAACGGCCAAUGACAAUACCAAAGAGAAAUGUCGAAAAUUCCUCGCGAAUUUACUUGAAUUGUCAAGUAGGGAACCUAAAGCUGUUGAGCGCAAUGUUAGGACUUUGAUUCAAGAAUUGAUAGACAUGAAAGUCGAGCCAGAAGAUUUUUGUGAUAAACUGGAGAAAUUGCUAAAUGCUUCUCCUCAACCUUGUCUAAUAGGAUUUUUGAAGAAAAGCUUACCACUGCUACGACACUCGUUGGCAACAAAGGAAUUAUCAAUUGAUGGCAUUCGACCUCCUCCAUCUAAUUUAGUGUAUUCUGGGAGUAAUUCGGCAGGAACAAUUCAAACACAAAUUCGACCCGGUAUAGCUUCUAAUCCUGUAAGAAUAGUUGCCCCUGGUACCACUGUAGUUCGUGGAGCAAAUCAAGUUUUGCAACCAAGAUUGGUUGCUCCUAUCAGAGGCCAAACUGCCACAAGGAUGGUAACUGCCAUAAGACAACCGGGUGUUUCUAACAAUGUUAUUGUUACAAAUUCUCAGCCACCUGCUCUACAUCCUGUAUAUCCAAAUACUCAGAUACGGCCAGGUGUUGUUCGACAGCCAUUGCAGAAAAUAGGUGUUUCUACAAUCCGACAGCCUAUAACUGUUCGUACCGCAGUGCCUGCAAACAAAAUGCAAGGCAUAAGACCAUUAGUGCCUUCUAUCAGUUCACGACCUACCACAAAGGAUAAAGAAAAAAAUUCGUUUUCUACGUAUGCUGGUGAUGAUGAUAUCAAUGAUGUGGCAGCCAUGGGUGGAGUGAAUUUGGCCGAAGAAAGUCAGAAAAUAUUAGGUUCUACAGAAUUUGUUGGAACUCAAAUACGAUCUUGUAAAGAAGAGAUGAUGUGCUCCAUUGGUCCUUUACAGCAAAGGAUUAAACAAGCCUUAUUAAAGCAUGGUUUGGAUGAACCAAAUCCAGAGGUGGCAGCCUGUAUUUCACACGCUGCUCAAGAAAAAUUAAAGAAUCUUCUGGAAAAGUUGGCAAUUAUAACUGAACAUAGAGCAGAUCUUAUAAAAACCGAAAGACGAUAUGAAGCCUCAAAUGACAUUAAAGGUCAAUUAAAAUUUCUGGAAGAAGUGGAUAGAGCAGAAAGAAAAAGGCAUGAAGAAUUAGAAAGAGAGAUGCUUCUGAGAGCAGCAAAAAGUCGAUCAAAAACGGAAGACCCUGAACAGGCAAAAUUGAAAGCUAAAGCAAAAGAAAUGCAAAGGGUUGAGAUGGAAGAAAUGAGGCAGAGGGAAGCUAAUGCUACUGCCCUCAAAGCGAUAGGUCCAAGGAAAAAACCUAGAUUAGAUUUUGAUUCACAACAUAACGGAGUACAGAACAAUUUAAAUGGCGGAAACAACUUCAGAACUGGGCAACCAUUACGACAAAGGAUGAAAAAAAUCACUCUGAGAGAUAUUCAAUUUCUUUUAGAAACAGAUAGAGAAACGUGUAGGAGCAAGUUACUUUUCAAGUCAUAUCUCAAGUGAUGUCGGCUCCUCAACUUUGUGCUGUCAAAAAAUAAUAGGGAAAAAUGGAUUUUCAUUUGGAGGAUUACAUUUAUAAAAACGUCAGUACUUUUUCCAGAAGUUGAUGUGAAUCUUGACCACUCAGAUAUUAUGCUCAACAAGACCAUACAUGAGUAAUUCUGUUGAAUUUUUCAUUAAGAAAUAGAAAUGACUUUGAAUUUUUUUUAUCGAGAGAAGACUUAUAAAAUUUUAAAUAACUACAAAAUCUGUUAACAGUUUAUAACAAAAAUCUGAGUUACUUGAAUAGAAGUAAAUAACGCUCAUCAUUUUUAAAAUCCACUAAGACAUGCAUUGCAAAUAGCCGCAUUUUAAUCAAGAAAAUAUGAGGAAUUGAAAGUAAACACAAUAUCAUAAACUUAUUUUUUUACAAUAAUUUUUGUAAUGCUAAUUUGCAUUGAUUGAAAAAAGUUUCCUCAUAAAUUUAUAUAUCUCUUACUUUUGAACAUAAUAAAUUAAAUUAAAUAUUGUUAUUGAUAGGUUCUUGAUUGAAUUGUAUUAUUCUGAAGAAUAUUAUAUUAAUAUUCAAAAAUAUUGAGGAGAGGAAAAGAAAAUUGAGUUUAGAAAUAUAUAGAAUAAGUGCACUCUGCCGAGAAAGUGAUAUAUUAUAUAAUCUUCAUUCAGAAAUCUAACACAAACUCAAUUUUCUAUUCCCUACCUUCUCUUUAUCAUCAUAUAUGAAAAGAUAUCAUUUCAUUCAGAGACAAAAAUGCCUAAAAUAUUUUUAAAAUCAGACAAAAUUGUGUACGACCUACAUUAGAAAUGAAGUUUGGGGUUUUUGAAUGAAAGCUUCAUAGGAUUUAUACUUUCCUUGAGUAUGAUUAAAAUUGUUACAAUUUCGAAAUCAAGAUUAUUUUCAAUGUUAAUUUGUUGUUAUUAUGGGGGCCAUUGAUGACAAAGUAUAUGUUUAUCACUUUUGUUAUUUUCAUUUCUUAUACGUAAAUCUAUACCUUGUAAAGUGUAUUUUAAAAGAUGUCUAUGUGCGAUAGGUCUAUAUUGAGAGGCUAAAGAUUUUGUGUACUUUAGUACAAGAACUAUUGAAUUAUUCGAUGUAUAUAAUAUUGUUUGUAUAUAUAUAAUAUAGAUUGUAUAUAUGUAAAUAACUGUAUUGCUAUUAAUUAGAAAAAAACAUCGAAUAUAAUUUUUGUUAAUA